GAGCCAUUUCCGGCGGGUCGAAACUAGGAAGAAACUUGGAGCUGCGGGGACGCUCCAGACACGGUUUCCGUUUGCUACUCCUGUGCCCGGUGGCCCGGGCCGCGCUGAGCCGUCGGGAGCCCUUGCCAUGGGGCAGCCCGGGCCUUCCGCAGUGUGAGGCGCGGGGCCUCCUGCGGACUCCUGUGACAGGCCGAGGUUGGGCGGGCGGGAGGUGUCGUUUCAGCCACGGUCGCGGCCGCCGCCGCCUGCCCUGGCCGUGGCAUCAUGAACAUAGAUGUGGAGUUCCACAUCCGGCACAAUUACCCUUGGAGCAAGUUGCCGACCAACGUGAGACAGAGUCUUGGAAAUUCACAGAGAGAAUAUGAAAAGCAGGUUGUCUUAUACAGUAUCCGCAAUCAGUUACGAUAUAGAAAUAACUUAGUUAAACAUGUCAAGAAAGAUGAACGCAAAUACUAUGAGGAACUACUAAAGUACAGUCGAGACCACCUCAUGCUGUACCCUUACCAUUUAUCAGAUAUUAUGGUGAAGGGCCUAAGGAUAACACCAUUUUCAUAUUACACUGGGAUUAUGGAGGACAUAAUGAACAGUGAGAAAAGUUAUGAUUCAUUGCCCAAUUUUACUGCUGCUGACUGUCUAAGGCUUCUUGGCAUAGGAAGAAAUCAGUAUAUUGAUCUUAUGAAUCAGUGUAGAUCAUCAAAAAAAUUUUUCAGAAGGAAAACGGCCCGUGAUCUUCUACCAGUAAAGCCAGUGGAAAUUGCUAUUGAAGCAUGGUGGGUGGUGCAGUCUGGAUACAUCACAGAAGAUGACAUCAAGAUAUGCACUUUGCCUGAGAAAUGCGCUAUUGAUAAGAUCAUCGAUUCAGGCCCUCAACUCUCUGGAUCACUAGAUUACAAUGUAGUACAUAGUUUAUAUAACAAAGGCUUUAUUUAUCUGGAUGUACCAAUAUCUGAUGACAGUUGUAUAGCAGUUCCUCCUCUUGAAGGUUUUGUAAUGAAUCGAGUGCAAGGUGAUUAUUUUGAAACUCUACUCUAUAAGAUAUUUGUUUCCAUAGAUGAGCACACUAACGUUGCAGAGCUUGCAAAUGUCCUUGAGAUAGACUUAUCCCUGGUUAAGAAUGCUGUUUCAAUGUAUUGCCGAUUGGGCUUUGCCCAUAAGAAGGGACAAGUAAUAAAUUUGGAGCAGCUUCAUUCAUCAUGGAAGAAUGUUCCAUCCGUAAACAGAUUAAAGAGUACUUUAGAUCCACAGAAGAUGCUGUUAUCAUGGGAUGGCGGUGAAAGUAGGAGUCCUGUACAAGAAGCUUCGUCGGCUACUGACACUGAUACAAAUAGUCAGGAAGAUCCAGCUGACACUGCCAGUAUAAGCAGUCUGAGUCUGUCUACAGGAUACACAAAACGUAUCGCAUUUCUAUUUGACUCAACUCUUACUGCCUUCUUAAUGAUGGGAAAUCUUUCACCAAACUUGAAAAGUCAUGCAGUCACAAUGUUUGAAGUAGGCAAACUCUCAGAUGAGUCCCUGGACAGCUUUCUUGUAGAACUAGAAAAGGUUCAGAGCACUGGUGAAGGAGAAGCACAGAGAUACUUUGAUCACGCGCUUACCCUGAGAAACACGAUACUGUUUCUGCGUCAUAAUAAAGACCUAGUGGCGCAGACGUCACAGCCAGACCAGCCCAAUUAUGGUUUUCCUCUGGAUCUGUUACGCUGUGAAAGCCUUCUUGGUUUGGAUCCUGCAACUUGCAGCAGAGUUCUAAACAAAAAUUACACACUGCUUGUGUCCAUGGCUCCGCUCACCAAUGAAAUCCGGCCGGUCAGCAGCUGUACCCCUCAGCAUAUUGGACCAGCUAUUCCAGAAGUCAGUUCUGUCUGGUUUAAACUGUAUAUUUAUCAUAUUACUGGGCAAGGACCACCAUCUCUCUUACUAUCCAAAGGUACCAGACUUCGAAAAUUGCCAGAUAUAUUCCAGGGUUAUGAUCGAUUACUAAUAACAUCUUGGGGUCAUGAUCCUGGAGUAGUUCCUACAUCAAAUGUGCUCACGAUGCUGAAUGAUGCUUUAACACAUUCUGCGGUUUUAAUUCAGGGACAUGGUCUGCAUGGGACAGGAGAAACUGUUCACAUACCGUUUCCAUUCGAUGAGACAGAACUGCAAGGAGAGUUCACUCGUGUCAAUAUGUGUGUUCAUAAAGCGUUGCAGAUGUUAAGGAGCAAAGUGGACUUGCAGCAUUUCUGUGGAUAUGUCACCAUGUUGAACGCUUCCAGCCAACUAGCAAAUAGAAAACUCAGUGAUGCUUCUGAUGAGAGAGGAGAACCUGAUUUAGCUUCUGGCUCAGAUGUAAAUGGGAGUACGGAAUCAUUUGAAAUGGUCAUUGAGGAAACAACUAUAGAUUCAGCAACAAAGCCAAUUGCUGGUGCCACAACAGAAGCAGAUUGGGUUCCUCUUGAGCUGUGCUUUGGAAUUCCACUGUUUAGUUCAGAAUUAAACCAGAAAGUUUGUAGGAAAAUUGCUACACAUGGCCUUUGCAGAAAAGAGAGCCUUCAAAACCUCUUACAUUCCAGCAGAAAACUUUCUUUGCAAGUCCUUAACUUUGUUCACUCAUUCCAGGAAGGUGCUUCAACACUGGAGAUUCCCCUGGAGCCCAGUUUUUCAAGUUUGCUUUCACAGUCCUCUUAUGCUGAUAUGGGGGUUCCACUUCCUGCAAAAAACUUAAUAUUUAAAGAUGGCAUCUUAUCAGAGUGGAGUGGACAGUCACCUUCCUCACUUCUUAUUGCUAAUCUCCAUUUGCAAUAAUUCGGUUACGCCAUUUGUUGCUCACACUUUCUGCCUUUUUUCUUCCUUAACGUUAGCUUUACAGCGUCAGCCACUAAAAAGCGUCCUGCUGCUGCAGUGCAAUUCUCGCUUCACUGGUCUUGACCGUUGGGGAACAUGUUCAUGUUUCUGAAGUUUUGCUCCUUGUUGCACAUCGUAUUGCAACAAAGUGCUUUUUAGCAGCUGCACUGUAUUUUUUACCUUGAGACAAUCUGCAUUUCUUUUAUAAAACUAAGGAGAUACUUUAUAGGCUUUAUGAUGACUGUUAUGUUUAUAAGCAGUCACUAUGAAUAUUGCAAUGGUAAUUUUAUAUGUUAGUUUAUCAAACAUAAAUCUUGUUUAAUUUUAUAUUUUGUUACCUAUACUUUAGGGGAUCAAAGGAAGAGAGAGAACUCUUCCUCUGAAAAAAGGCUUCUUGGUACUUAAAGUAGUAAAACUAUAAAACAGUAAACAUCCAGUAUUGAGAGAUGAUAUGAUGGGGCAUUAAGUAUUCCUGUGGAUGUCUGUAAAUUAUGUAUAUCAGUUGAACAUAGUUGAAGGUAUGUAAAUCCACAUAGUUAUAUAUAACGUAACCUUGAUUCCUAGGGUCUUAGACUAGGACUAUUCAGUGACAUCUCAUGAGAAGCUUUGGAAAACAUUCUAUUUUUAAACACUGUUUAUAUGUGGACUUCUGUUCUCAGUCACUUUGGGCUUUAUAUUUUCAUAGAGUCUUUAUGGAAAAAUAGAAUUUAUUUUUCACUCUUGCAGCUGCAGCUGGUGCAUGUUCUCACCCUGAUUUAUUUUUUGUCUCUCAGCUUUGAUGGUUUCAAACCAAGGAUUCUGAUUUUAGAUUAGAAUUACAUAUUAGAAGUGUUAAGGCUGUGUCUUUGGAUCAAAAUACCUUAGUGAUAAACCUACUUUGAAGACAUGGUCUAACGUAUUCCGGAUUUUAAAUUUAUGUCAAUAGCUUUGUAGGAAAUGAUAAAGCAAAAUUGACUAAUUUCAAAGUAUUUCUUGAGUCAUUGAUUCUUUGAAUAUCACAAAUGUUAAUUAGGAUAAUUGGAAUCACUUUUUAGACUUUUCAGGUUACCCUCCUUGGGAAGUUUGUGCAGUGUUAUAAUUAGCUCCUUUAGAGGGUAAUGGUUUGCUAGUUGAAAACUGUAACCACGCUCACUGGUCAGAUAACAUAUAUCUGAAACAUUUAAGAAUUAGAAAGUUUGGGAACGUUAUAACCUAAACAUUUUGCUGAUAAUUUUUGUUACUUAUAGAACUGAUAUUUGUGUAUUUAAUGUACCUCUGGAAAUAUAUGCCUUUCUUAAAACUGUUAUCGUAACCAUGUAUUCAAUACCAUGGCCUAUCUAUAGAAUUGAAUAUUUUGGACCAGAUUAUCUGUGGCACAGUCAGUGCUGUUUUGGGGGUCAAUGCAGUUGUGUCUGGUUUCCUACUUUGUCCUAUAGAACUAUAGAAGGUAGAAACCAUGUGUAUGUUAUGUUUGUCUGUGCUAAUAUUAAAAUAAUUUCUUAUGACUGUGAAUCACUCAUUUAUUUUUCCAAUAAUUGAUAUUGUACAUUCCAAGCACUAUUAAAUAUGUAUGUAUGUAACUAUUACAGUUUUUCAACUGAAAGUUGUAAGUAUUUUAUUUGAUCAGGAGUCUCUAAUCUCAUUUUAAUUUUCUUUGUUUGAAUUAAGUGUAGUUAUUUUAUUUAUUCCUGUAUUAACAAUCUAAAGAAACAACUGUAAUAGCAUGUACACUAAUAAAGAAUUGAACAUUUUGUAGUUGUUGGCAGUGAACCCAGUGUUGUUGAGUUUAAAGCUUAAAAUAUGGGAAUGAUUUGCUGCUCUACUUCCUUUGAGGAAUUAUGGAAGAAAAAUAGAACCGAAUAAUGAUCAUGAAUUUUAGGGAGAGUACUGAAAAACAUGUGGUCAACUCUAGUUUCUUGUGUUAAAUGAGGAAAGAGUAAAUACCAUCUUCUCAGCUGAGGACCUCUCAGUACUCUUAGGGAGGGAGGAUCUGCAUUUUUAGAGCUGUUAGUAAAAUGUGAAAUGCUGAUGUUGUGCUUUACUUUAUAUAAGAAUUUGCCUUUGUUGUGUUCAUACAGUAACACAUAUAAUUCCUUAAAUUUUAUACGUGUUGAUCCAAUUGAAUAAGAAGGAAAAUUUAAAAUAUAUACUUCGUUAUUUGCCAAAGAAGAUUUAUGAAAAACUUUUAUUCAAUUAUUUUGUGAAUGUUACAAGAAGUUUUGUUUGGCUUUGCGCCACCUCCUCCCCCACACACCCCAAGGUAGCUCAGACCCUGACAAGCAUUCUUUAGAACAAGAGGAAACAAAAAGGACACAGUUCAAUAUUGGUACAGUUUCACCUCACAAAUGUGUCUAAAGAGAUGCAAUUUUAUAUCAUUUUAAAAAAUACAUUGUUCUGAUUUCCUUGAUUUCUUUCUUUCUUUUUUAAACAUGUCAACAUGUAAAGAUGAUUUUGUAUUUGUCUUUUGGGGGGGAGUAUUGGUUUCUUUUACUUUUUUCAGUUUUCUCUGUGAUUCAUGCUUCUUUUUUAUGUUCAAUGUUUCAAGUAUAAUUUGUAUUUAAAGAUUUUAAAGUACCAAAACUAUAACUGAAUACAUUGGAUUGUUUUUUGUUAGGAUCUUAAUAUUAUACAAUGAGGUGUAUAAAGUGUUGUCAAUUUGAUUAUUGACACAUAUAACAUGUUUACAAAUAAACUGUGGUGUUGAUCAAAUUACUUUGA